CCUCGCGCCGACAUGACGUCAGUGGUCCGUAAGUCACAUAGUGCACUAUGUAGGGAGCAAGGAGCUAUUUAGGAUACAGCCACAGUGGGCUUCUGAACACUUUACACACUGUAAUAAAACGCAACAUACGGUAUUUACUAAGCCUCUCGACCAUCAUGUACGCCAUGUUCGGAGCUGACGGUGCGGUACUGAGACUCUGCUGCUCAGAUCCGCCCUCGGCAAACCAGCUGCAGACACACUUUCACUUUGCGAUGCAGUAGUUUCGUUUCUCUCCGCCAGUUGGCAGUGUUACCACAUCACGACCGAGUGGGAAACCAAGUGGAGAUUAAUGUCAAAUAAUGGAACCAGCAGUGUCUCAUUCUGACUCCAGUUCAGGAGACCUGGAGCUUGACUCAGAGUGGGAUUACGGAGAUUCAGGAAACAGCGAUGUUCUUCAGGAAAUAAGGAUUGUGCUGCUGGGAUCUGAGGAGUCGGAGAAGAGUUCAGCUGGAAACACCAUCCUGGGCAAAGAGGAGUUUGGCUUAAAGAAAACUGCUCAAUGUGUGAAGAGACAAGGAAAAGUAGCAGGAAGACACAUCACUGUGGUUGAAGCUCCAGGAUGGUGGAAGAAUAAACCUGUAGCGGAGAGCACUGAGUUACUGAAACAGGAGAUUGUUUUCAGUGUGUCUCUGUGUCCUCCAGGACCUCAUGCUGUACUGCUGGUCAUAGAUGUGGACAGCGUAUUCACAGAGGAGGAUAAGAAAAAAAUACAAGGAUAUGUGAAUCUUCUAGGUGAGGGAGUCUGGAAUUACACUGUAUUGCUGUUCACCAGUGUGGAGUGUCUGGGAGACACACCCAUAGAGCAGCACAUCGAGAGUGAAGGGAAGGAGCUGCAGUGGCUGGUUGAGAAAUGUGGGAACAGGUAUCAUGUUCUCAACAAUGAGAACAGGAGUGAUGACACUCAGGUCACAGAGCUGCUGGAGAAGAUAGAGGAGAUGGUGUUAGGCAAUAGUGGGUGCCAUUUUGAAGUAAACAGAAGGAUUUUACUGAUGCUGGGACAUAGGAGGAGAGAAGAGGAUGCAAGAGCAAAAGAGAGGAUGAUGAAGGUGCAGAAAAAGAAGCAUGACAUUCGGUCACAAAUGGGUCAUCAUUUCAGUCAUCAUCACUCAGAAAUGAGGAUCGUCUUGCUGGGAUAUGUAAAUGCUGGAAGGAGUGCAGUUGGAAACAGCAUCCUAGACAGAGAGGAGUUUCCCUUGGACAGGGCUACUCAGUGUCUGUUGAGACAGGGAAAAGCAGCAGGGAGGCACAUCACUGUGGUUGAAGCUCCGGGAUGGUGGAGUAAUAAACCUGUGGAGGACAGCACUAAGUUAUUGAAGCAGGAGAUUGUGCUUAGUGUGUCUCUGUGUCCUCCAGGACCACAUGCUCUUAUAGUGGUCGUAGCUUUGAGAUUCAAUUUUCAAGAGUCAGAUAGGAGGGUAUUAGAAGGAUACAUGGAGCUUCUGAGUGACAAAGUCUGGAGUCAUACCAUAGUAGUUUUUACAUACGGGGACUGGCUAGGAAACACGACCAUAGAGCAUUUCAUUGAGAGUGAAGGGAGGGCCCUCCAGUGGCUGAUUGAGAAAUGUGGGAACAGGUAUCAUGUUCUCAACAAUAUGAAUAGGGGUGAUGACACUCAGGUCACAGAGCUGCUGGAGAAGAUAGAGGAGAUGGUGGCAGCAAACAGAGGAUGCCAUUUUGAAAUGAGUAGAAACAUUUCUCGGGAGUUGGAAGAGUGGAGAGCAGGCGAAGAGAGAGCAAAAGUGAGGAUGAUGAAGGUGCAGAAACAGAGGCAAGCCAUCAGAGCACAAAUGGAUGACACUCACCACCUCUCAGAUCUCAGGAUUCUGCUGCUGGGGUACAUAAAUGGUGGUAGGAGUUCAGCAGGAAACACCAUCCUGGGCAGAAAGGAGUUUGACUUCCAGAGAACUACUCAUUGUGUGAAGAGACAGGGAGAAGUAGCAGGGAGACGCAUCACUGUGGUUGAAGCUCCAGGAUGGUGGAGUAAUAAACCUGUAGAGGACAGCACUGAGUUACUGAAACGGGAGAUUGUUUUCAGUGUGUCUCUGUGUCCUCCAGGACCUCACACUGUACUCUUAGUUGUGUCUUUGAAAUUCAGUUUUAAAGAGACUUAUAAAAGGGUAUUAGAAGGAUACCUGAUGCUUCUCAGUGAGAAGGUGUGGAAUCACACGAUAGUGCUUUUCACUUCUGGAGACUGUUUGGGAAACAGAACGAUUGAACAGUACAUUGAAUGUGAAGGGAAGGCCCUUCAGUGGCUGGUUGAGAAAUGUGGGAACAGGUAUCAUGUUUUUAACAAUAAGAACAGGGGUGAUGAAACUCAAGUCAGAGAGCUGCUGGAGAAGAUAGAGGAAAUGGUGGCAGCAAACAGUGGACAAAAUUUUGACACGAGUAGGAACAUUUCUCAGGAGUUGGAAGAGAGAAGAGCAGAGGAAGAAAGAGCAAAAGAGAGGAUGAUGAAGGUGAAGAAACAGAGGCAAGCCAUCAGAGGACAAAUGGAUGACACUCACCACCUCUCAGAGCUGAGGAUUCUGCUGCUGGGGUAUAGAAAUGCUGGGAAGAGUUCGGCUGGAAACACCAUCCUGGACAGAGAGGAGUUUGAGUUAAAGAAAACUGCUCAGUGUGUAAAGAGACAGGGAGAAGUAGCCGGGAGACACAUCACUGUGGUUGAAGCUCCAGGAUGGUGGAGCAAUAGACCUAUAGAAAAGAGCACUGAGUUACUGAAACAGGAGAUUGCGCUCAGUGUGUCUCUGUGUCCUCCAGGACCCCACACUAUACUCUUAGUUGUGUCUUUGAAAUUUGAUUUCAAAGAGACUGAUAGAAGGGUAUUUGAAGGAUUCCUGAUGCUUCUCACUGAGAAGGUCUGGGAUCACACGAUACUACUUUUCACUUCUGGAGACUGUUUGGGAAACAGAACAAUAGAACAGUACAUUGAAUGUGAAGGGAAGGCCCUUCAGUGGCUGGUUGAGAAAUGUGGGAACAGGUAUCAUGUUUUCUACAAUAGGAACAGAAGUGACAGCAUUCAGCUCAAAGAACUUCUGGAAAAGAUAGAGGAGAUGGUGGCAGCAAACAGUGGAUGCCAUUUUGAAAUGGACAGAAAGAUUCUACAAAAGAUAGAAGAGAAGAGGAGAGUAGAGGAAGAGAGAGCAAAUGAGAGGAUGACGAAGGUGCAGCAACAGAGGGAGAACCUCAAAGCAUUCACGGAACCAGCAGUGUCUGAUUCUGACUCCAGUUCAGAAGAUCAUGAGCUUGACUCAGAGUGGGAUUACGGAGAUUCAGGAAACAGUAAUGUUCUUCAGGAAACAAGGAUUGUGCUACUGGGAACUGCUGCAUCAGAGAAGAGUUCAGCAGGAAACACCAUCUUAGGCAGACAGGAGUUUGAGUUAAAGAGCACUGCUCAGUGUGUGAAGAGACAGGGAGAAGUAGCAGGAAGACACAUCACUGUGGUUGCAGCUCCAGGUUGGAGGAGUAAUAAACCUGUAGAGGAGAGCACUGAGUUACUGAAACGGGAGAUUGUGCUCAGUUUGUCUCUGUGUCCUCCAGGACCACAUGCUAUACUACUGGUCAUAGAUGUGGACAGUGUAUUCACAGAAAAGAAUAAAAACAUAUUAGAAGGAUAUGUGAAUCUUCUAGGUGAGGGAGUCUGGAAUUACACUGUAUUGCUGUUCACCAGUGUGGAGUGUCUGCGAGACAGAAGCAUAGAGCAGCACAUUGAAAGUGAAGGGAAGGCGCUUCAUUGGCUGGUUGAGAAAUGUGGGAACAGGUAUCAUGUUCUCAACAAUAAGAACAGGGCUGAUCAAACUCAGGUCACAGAGCUGCUGGAGAAGAUAGAGGAGAUGGUGUUAGGAAAUAGUGGGUGCCAUUUUGAAGGUAACAGAAUGAUUUUACUGGAGCUGGGACACAGGAGGAGAGAAGAGGAUGCAAGAGCAAAAGAGAGGAUGAUGAAGGUGCAGACACAGAGGCACAGUAUUCGAUCACAAAUGGGUAACGAACAUCACGGGUCAGAAAUGAGGAUUGUCUUGCUGGGAUAUGUAAAUGCUGGGAGGAGUGCAGUUGGAAACACCAUCCUAGACAGAGAGGAGUUUCCUUUGGACAGGGCUACUCAGUGUAUGUUGAGACAGGGAGAAGUAGCAGGGAGGCACAUCACUGUGGUUGAAGCUCCGGGAUGGUGGAGUAAUGAAACUGUAGAGGAGAGCACUGAGUUACUGAAACAGGAGAUUGUGCUCAGUGUGUCUCUGUGUCCUCCAGGACCUCAUGUUCUUCUAGUGGUCUUAUCUCUGAGAUUCAAUUUUCAAGAGUCAGAUAGAAGAGCAUUAGAAGGAUACAUGAAGCUUCUAAGUGACAAAGUUUGGAGUCAUACCAUAGUAGUUUUUACGUACGGGGACUGGCUAGGAAACACAUACACCAUAGAGCAUUUCAUUGAGAGUGAAGGGAGGGCCCUCCAAUGGCUGAUUGAGAAAUGUGGGAACAGGUAUCAUGUUCUUAACAAUAAGAACAGGGGUGAUGACACUCAGGUCACAGAGUUGCUGGAAAAGAUAGAGGAGAUGGUGGCAGCAAACAGUGGAUGCCAUUUUGAAAUAGGUAGAAACAUUUUUCGGGAGUUGGAGGAGAGGAGAGCAGGGGAGGAGAGAGCAAAAGAGAGGAUGAUGAAGGUGCAGAAACAGAAGCAAGCCAUCAGAGCACAAAUGGAUGACACUCACCAUCUCUCAGAUCUCAGGAUUCUGCUGCUGGGUUACAUAAAUGGUGGUAGGAGUUCAUCAGGAAACACCAUCCUGGGCAGAAAGGAGUUUGACUUCCAGAGAACUACUCAUUGUGUGAAGAGACAGGGAGAAGUAGCAGGGAGACACAUCACUGUGGUUGAAGCUCCAGGAUGGUGGAGUAAUAAACCUGUAGAGGAGAACACUGAGUUACUGAAACGGGAGAUUGUGCUCAGUGUGUCUCUGUGUCCUCCAGGACCCCACACUGUACUCUUAGUUGUGUCUUUGAAAUUCGAUUUUAAAGAGAGAGACAGAAGGGUGUUAGAAGGAUACCUGAUGCUUCUCACUGAGAAGGUGUGGAAUCACACGAUAGUGCUUUUCACUUCUGGAGACUGUUUGGGAAACAGAACAAUAGAGCAGUACAUUGAAUGUGAAGGGAAGGCCCUUCAGUGGCUGGUUGAGAAAUGUGGGAACAGGUAUCAUGUUCUUAACAAUAAGAACAGAAGUGAUAGCAUUCAGCUCACAGAACUUCUGGAGAAGAUAGAGGAGAUGGUCGCAGAAAACAGUGUACACCAUUUUGAAAUGGACAGAAAGAUUCUACAGGAGGUGGAAGAGAAGAGGAGAGCAGAGGAAGAGAGAGCAAAAGAGAGGAUGAUGAAGGUGCAGCAACAGAGAGAGAACCUCAAAGCAUUCAUGGGUUUGAGAAAAAGACGACCAGGAGGUGUCAUCAUCCAGGGCACAGAGAGAUUAAACAAGAGACCCCAAAGCAUGCUUUCUGGUGGCCCAAGCAUCGAGAGCGAUCAAAGAGAAUCGAGGCCACCUUCACCUGUACCAAGUUACCUUUCUAUGAAGAGUGAUGUAUCAAUGAAUCAACCUCCGGGAUUCACUGGAGAGUCUUCAGUUUCGCUCCAAAGCGUUCAGUCAGAAAUUCUGAUGGAGGAUCAUGGAGCAUGCUGUAUUUGUAAAGAGGUGCUGAAAGACCCCCUCCUCAUCCGGUGGGGAUAUUGCAGCCAGUGUGCUGAGAUUUACUGGACCAAGCCUGGCCUUGCAGUCGAUGGCCCAAAGUGUAGGAAUACAAACUUAGCACCAGAAGAGGACAAAGAAACAAGAAAACUACGACAAGCAAAUACCUGUUCUCCGUCUUCUGCUUACUGGAGCACUGGACCUACAUGCGUAGUCUGUGAUUUCUGCUGUGGAAAAAAGCAGAAAGCUGUGAAAUCAUGUCUUACCUGCACUGCGUCUUACUGUGAAACCCAUGUGAAAGAGCACUACACUGUAACAGCUCUGCAGAGACACAUUUUGGUGGAAGCCACUGCAGACCUGGAGCAGAAACUCUGCCAGCUGCACCACAGAGCUCUGGAGGUCUUCUGUAAAACAGACCAGAUGCACAUCUGCACCCUGUGCCUGGCGUUUGAACAUAGAGGACAUGACAUUGAGGUUGAAGGACGACCAGCUGCUAUGAUUGGGAGGAAAGCUGCGGACAUCUCCAGCCUGACUACUGACAAGAAGUAUUUGAAAGAGACUCUUUUUAUUUGCUUUUUUUGCAUGAUUUUUGCUGUCAUUCUUUACCACGCUCUAAUGCUGUAUGUGUAGGAACUCUGAUUAACAAUAUGCAAUAUGUAUAGAAAUUCUAUUAUCAUGUGUUAGUUGUGGUAGUCUUGGAAGGCC